GCUACGAUUCGGGUGCACAGCAUGAGUAAUCUUGAUGAGUCCAGAGAGGAAGACUAAGCUUGCCAAGCUUAAUUCAAGUUGUGGCUGAUCCGUGAAUAAAGACCGAGAAUGCUACCAUAGACAAAACUGCCCAGUGGUAGUAACUGAGUCUCGGUGACUCGAGACUCGUAGUCCUUCUAGCUAGCGCUCAUUAUCAUGAUGCGUCACUCGGGUCUUGGAGCUCGGAGUUGGAGAGCUGAUUCAGCAAAGCGCCAUUACAUUGUUCAGAUGAGUCACAGCAUGUUACCAAUGUCACGCGUUCUUCAGCUUGUUCCGCAAUUACCAAGUUCACUCACUUUGAGCGCUUAAACGAAUUUUUGACACCGUUCUAGUGACAUCUCGUCUAUAUUACUUUCUUCGAGACUCGACACGUUUUUCGGGAUGAGUAAGGUCGUUUUUGUGGGCAAUGUCCCCUACAACAUGGGGGAGGAAAAACCUUUUAUACAGGAACAACUCAUAGAUGUCUUCAAGUCGGUCGGUCAAGUCGUGGGCUUCAGACUAGUCUUUGACAGAGAGACAGGGAAACCUAGAGGUUAUGGCUUCUGUGAAUUUGCUGAUCAUGAAACCGCUGCAUCUGCUGUUCGGAACCUCAAUAAUGCCGAUGUUGGUGGCCGCCCUUUACGAAUUGACCUCGCCGACUCCGAUCCCUUCCUCGAAGGCAAGACCACUGUGCGAGGCGAGCUGCUGGAUGGGAGUGAUCCAAGAGGCCGCUGGCGUGAUCACCGUGAGCACCAAGACCGCGAUCGUGACCGAUAUGAUAAUCCUCGCGAUCACCCCAAAUCGCAAGACCCAAACGCUUUCUUAUCAAAUUUGCCACCUGGCGUGCCCAUCCCUCCUGGGUCAACUGCAUUAGAUACCAUCAGUCAGACACUUGCAACUAUGAGCCCAGCUCAACUGGUCGAAGUGCUUGCCCAGAUGAAGGCUUUUGUGAUCACCCACCCGGAUCAAGCAAGGGCGCUGCUCGUUGCGCAUCCACAAUAUGCGUAUGCUUUGUUCCAAGCAUUGCUGCUGAACAAAAUAGUAGACCAAAGUGUUCUUCAGCGUAUGCUUCAAGCAACUGCGGGUAGUGGUGCUCCCCCUCCGGGAAUUUCUCAACCGCCCCACCACACAAUGCAAUACCAACAGCCUCCACCCAUGCACCAGCCCCAACCGCACAUGCCUCCGCCAAUGUCCGCCCCUCCUCCCACGCCAACUGCUCCGCCAAGCAUGUACCCACACCAACAGCCCCCAUCGCACAUGUCGGCUCCGCCGCAGCAGCAAUCUUGGUAUCGGCCUCCUCCACACGCAGUCCCCCCGCCUCAGUCAGCUCCCAUGCCCGAACUGAACAUUGAUCCGGCGCAAAGGCAAAUGCUAAUGCAGGUACUCAGCUUAACUCCAGACCAGAUCAAUGGCUUGCCGCCUUCCGAACGAGAGGCGAUCCAGAACUUGCGGAAUCAAUUUUUGGGAGGUAUCUCAGCGUAG